AUGGAUAUAAUAAGGGAACAUCUACUGGUACCCGCCAAAUAUAUGAUAUUGACAGACGGAAGAAUUUGUCUGACAGUUCACAGAAAUUGGCUCGCACGUUUGCUGAUAGUGGGCUCGUUUACAUUUAUUAAUCAUGAUCGAAUGUCCAGUGAUGAAAUCGCGGCGCAACCCACUCUCGAAGAAUUAGGCUGCGACUGGAUAAGGAUUUAUGCAAAAGUAUAUGUAAAACAGUAUAAGAAUGCAAUUCCUCUACCAAGAGAAAGACCUGCUACCAGCACAAAGAAUCAAGCAGAAUUGAUGUUCUCACAAUUGUUACAUUAUGUAGCUGAAACUAAUUACCGAAAUUUGUGGAAAGAAUCAUACAAGAAAUAUUACAAUCCCUGGAAUUUUGUUGACCAAAAAGAACAGUCUAAUAUUACUGCCAAUGUGAGUGAUGUUGCCAUCAUGCAUGAAGUACUAGCUAGGAUGUAUAAUUGUACUUUAAUACAAGUGCAACAUGGUACAGUUUUAUCAGUAACAAAUGGUGCAUUGUCUGAGACACAUUGUAAUCUAGUACCAAUUCAUUUUGUCAUGGAAACAACAUCUGCUUUUAUAAUUUUUUAUGAACAGACUGCAAAUUAUUCUCUUCGUGAAUGUGUAAUGUAUAGUCCUGCUGCUCUUAAUACAAGUCAUGGGAAACCAUUAUUUGUAGUCUACCAAUUAUUGAGGCUAUCUAGAGACUUACAUGAUCGUGGUCUUGCAUUAGGAGAGAUCACGCUUAGUGAUAUAUUAGUCACAGAAAAUUUCACUAUUCAGGUGCUACCAAAAUUAAAUGACAACAUUUACCUAAAACCCGAAAGUGAAUAUAUGAACUCGUCUAUUUCUCAAGAGAGUAAAGAAAAACAUUUCUAUAACAAUGCUUAUUGUAAGAGAGACAGCAUAUUUCAAUCAAGUAACAAUGACUUUGGUUUAAACGAGAGCAUUGAGAAAUUAUGUGAGAUGUGGGUAUAUAACUGUAUCAGUAACUUUGAUUAUUUAACUGCGCUGAAUAAUUUGGCUGGUAGACGAUACGGCAAUCCUAGUUGUCAUCAUGUGAUGCCUUGGGUGACAGACUUCACAUCGAGGAAUGGUGGCAAUUGGCGGGAUCUAACAAAGUCAAAAUUUCGUUUAAAUAAAGGUGACAGACAACUAGAUCUCACAUUUGACUCUCAAUCAACCGAGGUUGGACAUCAUGUAUCGGAUGUUCUGUCAGAGAUUACGUAUUAUGUGUAUCUUUCGCGACGAUAUAAUAAAUCCGUGCUGUGUAAGCACGUACGACCAUUAUGGGUACCUGGAGAAUAUCCAGCUUCUGUUCAGAGAUUACACGAUUGGAGCCCUGAUGAAUGCAUACCGCAGUUUUUCAUCGAUCCUAACGUUUUUAAGUCUAUUCACGAGGACUUGCCGGACUUGGAAGUUCCAGCAUGGGCGACUUCUCCAGAGGAUUUCAUUGAAAAGCACAGAGAAGCACUAGAGAGCUUUUAUGUUUCGGAAAGAUUACAUCAUUGGAUAGACUUGACUUUUGGCUACAAAUUGUCUGGUUCGGCUGCUGUAAAAUCGAAAAACGUUUGUUUGCAAUUAGUUGACAAUCAUACUGACUUGACGAAUUCUGGAGUUGUACAGCUUUUCACGCAACCACAUCCACAAAGAAUUAUCCCAUCACCUUAUUGGGGCAAAGUACCACCACGUCUACGAUCGACAGUCUCAACUAAUAAAAAUAAGAAUGAUCAACUUGUAAGUAGAAUCAGUGACGAUGAAGGCCAUAGUUCUGGCAUUGAGGAAGAAGAAUUACCUGCAACGGCAGUGAAUGCAUCGAGAUCGUCGCCGCUUGUGCUGAGUCGCUUAUUGAGUCGUUCUCGAGGUUCUUUACUAUCGGAGGACAAUAUUAAAUCGGAUAAAUCCGUUAGCCAGCCCAUCAUUCUUCCGAAGGAUUUCAAUCCCGUUGCGGCCAUCGUGCAAGUAGAAACUAUACAUACCUUUAUGAAUAAGGUCAAUCAUCAAGUGUAUAAACCUGCAAUUGAAUUGCACGAUUUUCCCACCAACUACAAGCAAAUCGUGGCCAGUGGUCGUAUCAAGGAACAGCAAAUACUUGGUUGUUUAAUAGUAGAAAUAUUUCUAGCCGGCAAAUUCCGCGCGACGUGGAACGCCGAGAAAGCGUCUUUCACGCAGAGACUCACUACGUGUCUGAAUACUCUGAGGACAUCGGCGGAUAAUUUGCCAAAAUGUAUAAGAAACAUCGUGUCACUAUUUCUACAGAUCGAUAUUAUGCCAAAGAGUUAUAAUAUAGGCAAUAUGGAGAUGAAUGAUAUUUCAACGGUGAACGAGAUUCCUUUUCGUUAUCCAACGAUAACGUACAUGGGUCUUCCUCCACCGUCCGCGCAUCAAUUUCUACAACCGAUAUUAUCUGGCAGUCUGUUCCCGUUCUCCAAAUAUUGUCAGUAUUUGUACAACAUCGUGGAAAUGUUGCAGGAAUACAACGGUCUGGUACGAGAAUUAAAUUUUAUCCUGAAGGCCGAAGACGAUAUGGAUUUUGUGAUCAAAACAAAGAUAAAAUAUCUGUGCAAAAUCAGUGAGUGCAAAGUGAAAGCGAUCGCUAGAGAACUGGAAUGUCUGCUACCUUAUGCCGGUGGUGCUAGAGAAGCUACACUGCAAUUAAUAGUUCCUCAUAUAGUACAAAUUAUGGAAGAACCUUACAGUGCGGUAUUAGCUGCCUGGCAUCUUUUCGAUCCAAUAGCGAAAACACUGGGACCGAAAGAUACUGCCGAAACGUUCCUCUCACCUAUUAUCAAGUUAUAUGAGAACGGCUCGAUUAUGGACACUACAUUGUAUGCCGAUGUACUACCUGCAGGAACGUUUGCAAAGUUCAGAACUACUCGAUUGUAUCACAGAACAUUCCUGUUGAAACUGAUAGUCCGAUUAGGACUGCGUAGAUUUUUAGACAACUUUAUAAAUCCUUUGGUGGAAGCGGUAGGAGGAUACAAAGAUUACAUACAAGGCUCGUUUGCCACAUGCACGCAUAGGACCGGCAAUCUCAAGAGCUGUGACUUGAGCGGACCUUGUAGUGAUGGGGAAGGUAUUUUAUCUCCAUUAGAUGAAGAUUCAUUUGCAGAUUCCGAACAUACUGUUAUUUCGCCUACCGGACCGACGACCAACGAUUAUGUAUCUAAUAUAACGACGGAUAACGAUGCGGAAGAGGUAUUCGCCAUGGAGACAGAGGACAAUUUGUGGGUUUCUUUGAAUAAUACCGCAUAUAAUAUUGAUUUGCAUAUAGAUCUCAAUUUAAAUCUCAACGAUGAUUUGAAUGACGAUGCGAACAAAAAUUCACCAAGUGGCUCCGUCAAGUCGCCAACGAUUCCAAUACCUAAACAAUCAAAUAUUUGUGGUGCCAAGUUAGUAACAGAGUUUAAUAGUAUCGGUUGCAAUGUCGGUAGCAAAACCUCUAGCGAAGAUUUUACUUACAACAGCGCGUAUACCACAAAUAUUCAUUCUGGUAGUAAUCUCUCUGAAAGUACAAGUGGCACAGACACCAAAGAAGACAACUCCGUUACGCUUUGUCCCGAACUCGAUAACAAAUGUAACGUUACCGAGCCUGAUGAAAGUAUACAUCAAUUGGAUCACAUUUAUCGAAGAUCCAUCCCAAGUGAAUGUACAGUUUCUGAGAUGAGUGCAGAAUCUGUUAUUUGGCUGUCGCACAGACUCGGCCCGGUGCUCACAGCACGAUAUUUGUCACGGAAUCUCUUGAGAAUGCUAACAUUGUGUUACGCCGGAAAGGAAAAUUUGACGCCGAUCGAUGAUAAUAAUUUCAUAUAUCUGGAAGGUAUCACAUGGAAGAAACCGAUUUUAGCCGGUGACCAAAAUGCUGUUAAAGUGUUAGAAUGCCUCACAGCUAUUGCAGGAUUGUAUGGGGAGCAAAUUAUAUUGUUACAAUAUUUUGCGCACAUGGUCGAAUUAUUGGCAUUGUGUAAAAGAAAGCUGACGCAAAAUUUGGAAGGAGGCCUAGUAUCUUGCUUGGCUCUAUUAAAUCACAUUACGUCAUACCUUAGCGAUGCCACUGUGAUGGAUGUGCUUCAUGAACCAAUCGUUAAAUCCAUACUGCAUCCCACAGUACGUAUACUAUCAACAGCGAGAUUUACGUUCCCAAAUGGCACGCUCGCGCGUAUCGCCUUGGCUGAAAAAUGUCUAGAAGCGAUGUUCACUCUCAGCUUACGACUUGGCAGUGUAAUUACGAAAAACCACCUAGCGGUGCCAAUUCAACGCUUCUUUUUGGCUUUCGAUAAAGCUUUCAGUGACAAUCUAUGCACCGAAAGACCUCCAGAUAAUCUUGGACAGAAAGCAGGCAUAUCUAACGACUAUCUUGCACGAAUGAAAGGUACCAGUGAAGGGGGAUUUGAUAAUAAUGGAACUUAUAUAUGGAACAAGCUCGACACAGACGUGGCGGACUCGUAUUCCCCUCCAAUCUUAGAAAGUAGCGAUGUACCUGAUUUACAGAGAAACAGAGCGUUCGAAGAGCUACGAGCCGUGUUCACCAGUGAAUUUGCUCACAAAGCAUACAUGCUCUUUUAUAGAUGCGUCGAUAGCGAGAUGAUGGAGCAAAUACUCAAAAAUCACGAGCACGUACAGGAACUAUGUCACGACUAUGAGCAAGAAAUAAAAACGACUCCUCAAAGUAUCGAUAAUGCGGACAAGUAUAAUACGUUGCUUGCUACGGAUUGCGAUGUGAUAGAGAACGUGGAGCUAGUUGAUAAGGGUGUUUGUAGUUUCGGAAAUAUAUCUGUGAUAGGAAAUCGAUUUGAGAUACAAAAAGAUGAUGCUAAAUCCCAGUCUACGACGGAGGCGAGUGCCACUGCAAAUCGCGAAACUUGCUUAUCAUCCGCUGGCAGACAAUUACGCGGUAAUUGGCUGGCUUAUUGGGAACAUGAAAUAGGAAGGCCGGAUAAAGAUACAAUAUUCAAUAUAAAGCAAAUAAAGCUUCAGAUUUUCAGUGGACAUACGAACAGUAUAAGGUGUCUCAAUGUAUUAGAUAAUGAAAAUAGUUUUAUGAGCGGCGGCAGAGACAAAACCGUGAAGUUAUGGAGUUUACGAAGCCAGGGUGAUGGGAAUACAGUCUCAUCGUGUCAAUAUACGUACACUGGACACAAGAAAUCUAUCCUUUCGCUCACAUUCCUGGAGUCUUUAAGAUACGCAGUGACUUGUGAUGGUGUGAUUCAUUGUUGGGAUCCUUUUAUGGGUUCGCUUCUCGGAUGUCCGGAAAGCAGUCGACCCGUUCCUGUGAACACUUUAGCCUCGAGUCCUUCACCGUCUACGACUCUUCUUGUGGGAACAACAGACAUUACCCUUAGAGUUAUCGAUUGCAGGACAUUCCAAUAUGUUAAUGAAAUGAAAGUUUCUAUGAAUCCAACUGGCUUGAUAAGAUGUAUCGCGGUAGCGCCUAGUGGUUACUGGGUUGCUCUUGGUCAAGCAUCGGGCUUCUUAACGAUACUCGAUACUCGCACUGGUUUGAUCAUCGCGUCUUGGAAAGGACACGAAUGCGAGAUAUUGCAGUUAGAAGCGAUAAACGAGACCACUAUAGUCAGUUCUUCAUUGGAUCAAACAAUCGCUGUAUGGAGUGCAGUGGAUGGUAAACUGAAGUUUCAUAUGAAAGGCGCUACGGAACCCGUUCAUUGCAUGGCGACUUAUGAGCAGGAAUUAGUAAUAGGAACAACAGCAAAUCGAAUUGGUGUUUAUACCGCCGUAGAAAUGACAGCAUCGUUCUCUUCGUCGAAAUUGAAAUCUGACGCUUUCAAAGGCGUUCUUACUGCCAUGGCUGUCCUUCCUCUUAAUCGAUUAUUGUUAUUAGGCGCCGACAACGGUGGUAUAACAUUACUCUGUUAA